UUUUGCACUUUACCAAAACCGAAAAAACAACAACAAAUUCAUUUUAUUUCUCUUACUUCCCAGGGUUUCAUCUUCUACUACGAUAUUUUUGAUCUCUCGCACCCAUUUGCCUGAAAGCAAGCAAUGACAACCUCUUUCCCUCGCUUGCUCUCUACCACCGCAUCCAACCCUACUCUCUUCCGCACCGGAUCCGACCACCUGACUCGUUCUGUUUCCAACUCAGUCACGCGACUCCUCUUCUCCUCCUCCUCCUCGACUCACCACCACAACGAGAAGGAACAAACACAGACACCGAAGCCAGAAUCUCUCCACGACGACGAUAAACAAAGCCAAAAGGAAGAAGAAGAAGAAGAAGAAGAUAAUGAUGAUGAUAUUGAUAUGAACAAAGAAACAGGUGAGGUCGGUGGGCCUAAAGGGCCUGAGCCCACUAGGUAUGGCGAUUGGGAACGCAAUGGUCGCUGCUCUGAUUUUUGAUUUAUUGCUUACUACUUUACAAUAACCAAUACCAUAACAUAAUAAAGUUGUAAGUCAUAAAUUGUGUACGUAUUUCUCAUUCAAAUUUUUAAGAAUCACUGCGUAUUCUCUUGGUUCUUUAUUGCUUAUAUGUAUGAAACUGAGGUUGGGUGAAGUUGAACAGAUCAACCCUAUGAUUCUUGAGGAAUGUUCAGCUAAGUGAAAAUUUGCUUUAUUUAUUUUUUAAUAAACCCUCAAUUUCGUCCCUGAA